AGUCACCAAGGGCCCGGGGAGUGGAGGGUGGGUAGGAUAUGGAGACCAGUCGUGCCGGGCGCUGUAGGGUAGCGCAGCAACCAUGGAAACCAGCCAAGGCAGCAGCCAGAGGAAUCAGCUCAGACAGCAGGAAGACACAUCCAGAGGUCCCCUGAGAAGUGUGAGCAAGCCUCGGAAGGGCUGUGUGUGAAGAAGCCCUGGUGCACAUGCUCUGUGCCUGGUGGAGACUUUCAGAAGCUGAGGAGCCGGGAAGCUCAAACACCAUCUUGUCUGAGUCGAAGACCAGUGACUUGAAGUGCACGCUCUUUCUUGGCAGGAGCAGGUCUCUCUGGAGCAGGAUGGCCCAGGAGCUCAGCGAGAAGGAGCUAUUGAAGAUGGAGGUGGAACAGUUGAAGAAGGAAGUCAAGACCCCACGAACCCUGAUUUCCAAGACAGGAAAGGAAAUCAAGGAUUAUGUGGAGGCUGAAGCAGGAAACGACCUUCUCCUCAAAGGUAUCCCUGAGGACAAGAAUCCCUUCAAGGAGAAGGGCGGGUGUGCGAUAAGCUGAGGGCCCUGGGGCCCCGCCCCCCUGCCCAUCUGUCCCUCCUCAGCCCUGCUCUUCACCGGGAACCCAGUGUCCAGGGACUCCCAGGGACCCGGGGACUCUCCACCCUCUCUCGGCCACAGCAGGAGUAGACACCUGGCCCGUGCACUGGGGAGCUAUGCCCCACUCCCACCUUCAGUUCUCCUCUCCUCCACCCGCUGGGUCACUUGGAGGCCCUCGAGGACAGCUUCUUGGGCUCAGCAACUGGCACCUUCUGUGGUGGGGUCCCAAGAGCUGGCCACGCCCUGAGACCCCGGACAGCACCCUUAGGGAUGUCUACCCCUCCCUGGAGCCGUCCCGUCUUUCCCUCCACUCUCUUCCUAGGAGCCAGCAUUCCUACUCAGAGUAGUUUGGGUUGAGGGCCAGAGUUGGGGGGGCCCUUCUUCCCCAUCUCACGUCUGACCCUGUGGGCCUCCUCCUAGUCACUCCAGAGGGCCUGACGACAAAAAGAGUUUGUAAAGUCAUGAUGUCAUGAUUUAUGUAAUGUUCCGGAACGUCUGUUCCGUGCUAGGUCCUAGGGAGAGAAGAGUAGCAGCGCGAACGUGGCGGGAACUGAGUUUGCAAUGAAGUCAGUAAGUGCUACUCUGCGAAAGGACCAGCAGUGGUGUGGGGCACACAGCAGACAGACAGACGCUCAGGGCCACGGGCAAGGUCCGCGUGAACUGUUGCAGGCCAGUGGGUCGUGCGGGGGGACGGGGCAGACAGAGGCCCAAGAGGGAGAUGCGUGAAGCCUUGAAGGACCUCCCUGUGAGCCCAGUUAAGAACUGUGUUCCCAGGGGGCCUGGGUGGCUCAGU